CUUACAACUUGUUUGCAAUUUACAAAUUAUAAUACAAGCGGAUUCGUCUACAGUUAAUUUUUGUGUCAAAGAUAAACUACUCUUUUUGGACUCAGCUGAAUCAAAGGCCGAGGAAUCCCUGCAAGUAAAAACUUCACUCCUACUAGAUAAUAGAGUCAUUUGCAAGGAGCAGUGUGACGAUGGGAAGAGGGCUCAAAGGCAGUGAACUGUUGCCUUUCACGGUACAGUUCCUGAGAGGAAGAUGGUUUGCACUUUUUGCAUCCUUUCUAAUCAUGGCUGGAGCUGGUGCCACAUAUCUAUUUGGAACCUACUCCAAAGAGAUCAAAGCUGCACUGGAUUAUGAUCAGACAACGCUCAAUCUCUUGGGCUUCUCAAAGGAUCUUGGUGCUAACGUUGGGGUUUUUUCCGGUCUUAUUGCUGAGGUAACUCCCACUUGGUUUGUUCUUCUAGUUGGUGCUGCAUUAAACUUCGGAGGGUAUUUCAUGAUAUGGUUAGCUGUGACUGGUAGAAUAGCCAAGCCAAAGGUUUGGCAAAUGUGCAUUUACAUCUGCAUAGGAGCUAAUUCUCAGAAUUUUGCCAACACUGGAGCUCUUGUCACCAGUGUCAAGAACUUCCCUGAAAGCAGGGGUUCAAUGUUAGGCCUGUUGAAGGGCUAUACAGGGCUCAGUGGAGCUGUAAUGACACAAAUUUACUUAGCUGUAUAUGGAAAUGAUUCCAAAUCUCUUAUUCUUCUUAUCGGAUGGCUUCCUGCUGCAAUUUCCGUAAUAUUUGUAUAUACAAUUCGGACAAUGAAGCCUGUUAGACACCCGAAUGAAAUUAGAGUGUUUUACCAGUUCCUUAGCGCCUCCAUUUUGCUAGCAGUUUUUCUCAUGCUAAUAACUUUGACAGAGAAACUAGUUACUUUCUCGAAAGCAGCAUAUGCUGGGGCUGCCACAGUGGUUUGUUUCCUUGUCUUUUCCCCUCUCUUUAUUUCCGUUAGAGAAGAAUUGCUCAUUUGGAACAUGCAGAAACACCCAAUUGGUUCUCCAAUGGAGAUAACAGUAGACAAGUCAACCCCUGAAAUAGUUGAAUCCAAACAAGUGGUUUCCAUGCCUGGUUCUCCAAAACAGGGUGAUGAAAAGGUAGAAAAGUCUUGUUUCUUAACCAUUUGUGACAGGCCUGAGAGAGGAGAAGACUUCACAAUUUUGCAAGCACUGACAAGCCUUGACAUGUGGGUUCUGUUUCUUGCAACAUUCUGUGGACUUGGAGCAAGCUUAACAGCAGUAGACAACUUGGGGCAGAUUGGUGAAUCCCUUGGCUACCACAACAAGACAGUUACUUCCUUUGUGUCCCUUGUUAGCAUCUGGAAUUUCUUCGGAAGGGUGUUUUCUGGAUUUGUCUCUGAAACACUAAUUGUAAAAUACAAGGUUCCACGGCCACUCAUGAUGACCUUGGUCCUUCUACUUGCCUGCAUUGGCUACCUCCUGGUUGCGUUUCCAAUGCCAGGUUCACUCUAUGUAGCAUCCAUCAUAAUUGGAUUCUCAUUUGGUGCACAACUGCCGCUGAUUUUCGCCAUCAUUUCCGAGCUUUUCGGCCUUAAGUACUACUCCACAUUGUUCAAUUGUGGACAGUUGGCUAGUCCUCUCGGCUCGUACAUAUUUAACGUGAAGCUUACUGGGUUUCUAUACGAUCGAGAGGCAAUGAAGGAUCUUGCAAAGAAAGGUCUAACACGAUCCUCAGUGAAAGCAUUGACCUGCAUUGGCAGUCACUGUUACAGGCUACCGUUUAUAAUCUUGACUUUUGUUACCUUCUUUGGAGCCUUGACGUCUCUAAUUUUGGUGAUAAGAACCCGAAAUUACUAUAGAAGCGAUAUAUACAAGAAGUUUAGAGAAAAUGCUGAGAGUUUAUGAGACAACAAAAUGAUCAUUUGGGAUUAGCAUUGAUAAAAUAACAGUAUUGUUUCUACCAUAUUAUCGCAUGUUGUUAUCGGUAUACUAUUUUUUAUGUAUUAUUUACUGCUUCCUACCUCAUAAUUGAAAGAUACUUACACAAUAUCCAAA